GGUAGCUCCAUGUGCGACGGGCCUAACACUAUUUUUCACUUCACGUAUCAAGUUGAAACAGUGACACACAAUUGUCAAAAAUUAUCAAAAAAUGAAACACUUCAAAUUCUCAAAUUCCUAAAAAUAAAUUUUCAGUGAGAUAUGGAUGCUCCAUCUACCAUGGUUGAUUGCAUAGAAGAAACAGGCAAGAUUCUUAUCAUAAACAAUCAAGGUAUAGUAAAAUAUUUAUGCGGAAUCGACGAGGAACGAAACCAUUUGGAUGUGAUUAUAAAGAAACAAUACGAUGAAAGAAACCAACUCGAAUUGGAAAUUGAAACUCUGACAUACAAAUUAUGUUUGAUCAACAAAAGUCUGGCGAUGAGAAUCAAAACGAAAAACAACUACGACAAAACUAUUGAAGAAAUAAAGUCGCACUAUGAACGACUAGUGGAGAGUUCGAAUAAGUUGAAGCAAAUUGUUGAAAAAACCCAGAUAGACCUCGAUAGUAUUAUGAAUAAGAAAGUGGGCACUGCCAAAGUUUGCGCUGCUGCCAAUAAAUCAUCCGGCGUCCUUGAGGAACCUACCAAAGAAAAAUGGUCACACGAUUCUCCGGCAAAAUGGCAGAAUAUAUUGAAAAUGUCUCAAGAGGAAUUAGAAAAGGCCAAUAAUAAUAAUAAAGAUGGCACACGAAUGACAAAUAAUGGUAUCAAGCCCUUUGAGAUGAAGGCAGUUGACGAGCAAAUAGCUGGUAGUAGUACCAACGGUAGUACUAAGGCCCGCGGCUCAGCUGAGAGGGAAACUGGCCAAGGUUCAACAUCUGAAGUGAAAAAAUCUAGUGAUAAUGACAAUACUAGUGGCAAUAAUAAGGCUCAUGGCUCAGUUGAGAAGGCUGCUGAUGAUCAAAUAAGUUCCUCAUCAAAUGUAGCAAGUUCCUUGUCUCAAGAAAUAGAAUAUUAUAAAGGAGAAACUUCAAACUCGGACCUGGAACCUUCCGAAAACAACAAAAGUGAUUCCGUGACCAAACUUUAAUGUGCAACGUUUUGUAAAUUUUCUAUGAAUGUACUCGAAUAAAAUGACUUUGUUUUGUUUAUUUGUCUUUAAAAAAAAUAUAUGAAAGAAGU